AAAUACAUGUUUGUAUAUUUAAAAUCUACUGCGAGAUUAAAUAGUUAAGGUCACGGUGUAACGCCGCGGAUCGUCACCGCGGACCACGGUGGACGAAUGCCUGCUGUGUUUUUUGCCCAAGUAAAUUACCUUCGCGAUGGCCUGACAGGACGAUCAUCGCGGACCGGUGAAACUCUGAUGUCCGCAGCAAUUCCUAACAAAAACGCGUUCGCGGUCACACCGCAGAAAUUGAAUACUGACUAAGAGCUGUACUGUUGAGUUUUGCUGAUCAGAAAAGAGAUAAGAGAUUAGCCAUCAUAAACAUUAACCUCUAUCAGUGCUCCAUCUAAGCCUAACACAGGGGUGUUUAUAGACUUUUGAUUGGCUCAGGCACCAUCUAUUUGGAAAAAAGUCACUUUGAUUGGCUGCAGCACAAGACGUGGGAAGUUAUAUUCUGAAAACAAUUGGGUUGCAGCAACUUAAAUUGAGCUAAAUUUUUGGUAUAAUUGAGCAUUAUUAAGACUUAUAACUCUAGUGUCAAAUGACUUGAAAUGCUUUCAGCAUGAAGUAUUGUGUGAUGAUAACAAUGUGUAUUUUCUACAAUGUGUAAAUCAACAAUAAGUUUGUUGCAAAAAAGAUUGAAAGUGGGUUGUUAAAGUGAUAUGGUCUCAUAGUUCAGAAACAUCCGUUUUUUUUGGAAUACUGAAGAACAGCUGUAACAGGUUAAACCCCAAGGUGAAAUUAACAUUGAUCGGAGGAUCCAUUGGAAGGAAUGUGCAUCAUUGCCAGCAAAAAAGGGAGCAAAAGGAGGACUACCUGAUGUAUGGACAUUUAUUCCAGGUUUUACUCUGCACAAGCAGGCCAGCUUGAGGGGAACAGGAGUGGGAAACCACGCCCUGUAGUGUCCUUGACCAAGAAAAGCUGGAUUUGUUGAGAGGACCUGAUCUCAAAUUAGAUCAUUCAUGAGACGCGCCUCGCAAAGGACAUGACAGUUGUUUUCAGACCUGAUCAGCUGGUGAACUGCUCUAUGAAGGAUGGUUUAUGAAUGCAUUCUUUCUUAAGGAGGGGAAAACUUUUGUAUUUCUGAAGCGGAAACUACCUGUAGUCGGCUGAUAAUCAGAGCGGAGAAAAAUCACUGAAUAAAUAUGGAUAACACAUUAGGGACAUCACAACCCACCAUCAACAGCAAUAACAGCAAUGCCAUAGAUGAAGACUUCCUAUGUGGCUGCUGUUUUGACCUCAUGGUGCAGCCUACGACCCUGACAUGCGGUCACAGUUUCUGCCGUCUCUGCAUUGCAAACUGGUACCUCACUUCCAAAAAACUGGAAUGUCCACAGUGUCGAAGUGCGUGGACUGGAAAUCCGCAGAUCAACAUAUCUCUCAAGAACCUGUUGAACAGAAUGCACACAGAAUCAGUCUCAGAACGUGAAAAAGAGGUGCUAACAACAGAAGCCAAAGAAAAGAUCUCAAAGUUCGAAGCCGCAUUGAACAACAACAGUGACAGCGAGUCCUCCAAAGCUCAGGGGCAGGGAUUCUGUGGAGGGAUCUGUUUUGCGUUAUCAGUGCUUGUGAUAGUGUACCUGUCGUGGUACUGGCGCAGUUCAGACCAGGACCUGCUGGUACACAAGCCCCUCAACAAGUGGACGGUGGAGGACGUUGAUCAGUGGUUCAGAGAUAUGGGGGCUUGGACAUCCCAGUAUGUGGCAGUCGUCAGGGAGAAAAAUAUCAGUGGCAAUUUGAUGUUUGAGUUUGAUGAAAAAACUCUGAUCUCCACAUUCAACAUUUCUGACCCGCUUCACACAAAGGCACUGUUCAACGCAAUAUCAACUGUGCAAGUGAAGGGUGUUAAGCCAGCUUCAAAUAUCUGGGAAUUUAAGUCGCUGUACCCGGGUUGGGCGUUGUUGCUUUUAUACGGAAUGAAAGACUAUCCCCGCAGCAGUCUAAUGUAUCUGUAUUUCUUUGAGUAUGAGACGAUGUUCCUGCCGUUUGUUCACGUUGUCUGUCCUACCUCUGAAGGUGCUCCAAAAUACGACUUUAAAGAUGUUCCCCCGCCUCUGACCUCGGUUCAGUGGGCGGAGUUUAUUCCCAAGCUGAUCUUCCUGCCGUACAUGCUAGUUGGUGAGUUCACGUGGGACUGGCUGGACAUCCACUGGUGGACUGCACGAUUCAUCCUCGCCAACUGCAUCCUCACCACUUUCCUCGAGGCAAACUAUGUGGCCAUGUACAUACGGGGGGAAGAGCAGUUCAGAAGCCUGACUGGGGAGUUGAAACGAGUGCUCAAGAGUUACCUAUCGCUGGGAAUAUUCAUCCUUAUUUGGCCUGUAGUUCCAUCCAUUGUGUGUGACGUCUUUUUCUAUGUAGCCCUGUACUUUUCUCCAUACCAAACAGGGGAGGCAAUUUAUAAAUUAUGGAGAAGAUAGUUUUAAGAGUUACUGUUACUUGUCCACUUUGUACUGCAUAAUAUAUCCUGGGAUGUAAACUACCAGUAUAAAGUACCCUGAAGGCAUUAACAUAAGGAAUGUUGUGCAGAUUGUUAAUAUUUUUGAUAAAUCUGAAUUUAUUCUAUAGUUAAUUGCUUGAUUUUACAUGCCAAUACUCAGCAGCCAAAUGUUGAAUAGUGCAGCAUUUUGAUUGUAUGCCUAGCGACAUAUUUCUAAUGGCCACUGUGUUCUUUCUUUUUUGGGGGGCAAAUUUUUCUGUUAAACCUACUUCCCCAUGUCAUCAAGUAUUUCAAACAGUGCAUAUUCAGCAGUUUAUCUUCCUACAAUAACAUGUACUGGUUACUAUUACUUCUGAAUGUUCUGUUUGAUGUCAUUAACUGCCUUGAUGGUGUUCUGGGAAAUCCCACAUGAUUUUCAUAUGCAAACACAUCCUUUAAACUAUUUCAUUUACAUGGUUAUGUAGUCAAUGUUUGCGUAAUCUUGCUUUUAGAAUGCCAUCAGAAACAGGGUGCUGGUUUUGUGAACUUCUCUUUUGAUGUUAAAUUCUAAUGACAUGACAUUAUAACUGCAUUGGUUAGGGUACUACUCAUGCUCAAAUAUAUUCUUGUUCACAAGUAUUUUUUUAAAAUCAUAAUUGUAUUGUUUGAAUCUUAAUUCAUGUUAAAUUGUAUUCAUUUCAUUUGUUUUUUAUCGUUAAAUAAUCGUCCACACAUUGAGAUCAAAUUUACAUGAAAUGUUUCCACUGUAUAAGAAACUUACCAAAAGUCUAGGACUUAAUAGCAAAGUAAAACAAGAGAAGAUAUAACAUUAUCAGAUUGUUUAUUUUAUUAGCGACAUUUCUUCUUUUGAUACCAAAAUAUUUAUGCAUUCAUAAAAUUAUCUUUAUAUUUCCUUCUUCAAUACAUUAUCAAAUGUAAUGAAGGAGAAAGCUGUUGGUAACAAUUGAUAACUAGUUAUGAAGUUUUACACACACACAAAUAUUUGUGUACAUGUAUUUUACUCAAUGAUUUAUGUCAAGUCCACUUGCAAGCAGCUCAAUAUAUGGCUGUUCAGUGUGCGCCUGUCUGUCAAUUAGCAUCUAGACUGUAACUUAAUCAUUCAGCAUGCAAUUGUGAAUAACCAUUAAUGUUCUUUAUGUGUGGAUGGCAUGUUGUGUUCAAGACCCUUUCCAUGACUCAAAGGUCGAUGUCACUCUUAGAGGUCAAGUCAAACAAGAGCAUAUGGCAGAUGCUAAGACAUCAUUCUUCGUGCAAUUUUACAACAACUGUAACACAUGUUCACAUGUGGAGACAUUGUUUCACAAAUAAAAGACGUGUUCCUAGCUCAAAGAUCAAGGUCACACUCAGAGGUUUAAUGACAAAUUAUGUAUAAACUAGCUUGUGCAUCAUGGAACGUCAUCAGUCAAUCUGGACAUGUUAAAACAGCUGAACUGAAACAUAUCUCUUUUGCUCAAAGGUCUAGGGAACACUAGGAGGUUAAAGAUCAAAUAUGGAGAUGUCCCAACAUAGUUUUUGGUCAGGCAAUUUUAAAGCAAAUUUCCACUGUUUGGUGACUUAUUGUUGCUUGCAAGGCAUGUACCCCUAGCUCAAAUGUCAAUAUCAUACUAACUUAAUUUCAGUGCUCAAAAUAUGGUAUAAUAUUUUAAAAUUACAACACUUUAUGCACAUGCCUUAAACCUGGUUUCCAAUGAAGUGCUUCAUAUCUUGUUAAUAAAUAAUGGGUCUGUUUCAUUGAUGUAAUAUCAAUAACUUUCCCUGAAUGUAAAUCCAACGUUGAUAUUUUGCAAUACUAUUUCAUAUCAACAGACACAUGUGGGCUGUGCACAUGCAUGUUAUGUCUUAUGAACUUUUAAUUUAUUUAUUUUGUAAUAAUUUUUGAUAGCUUGCAUAUAUUAUAGUAGAUACAUUAGUUUUCUUAUUUUCUGUAUAUUUGAUAGCUUUUUGAAAGUCCUCUUCAGGUAAAACCAAGAGUGGACUAAAGGUUAACCUUUGUCCAUCCGUCUGUCUGCGUGUCUGUCUUAAUCUGGAUCCUUUGAUAACCAAAAAAGGUUUAACAAUAAAUGUGAUCGCUAUGGGUACAGAAAUACCUGAAAACGGACAAAUCUGGACACUGCGAUAACUCAAAAAUACCUUAAGCAAGAAUUUUGAAACACAGUAUGUGGGUAAAAGGCCAUGGAGAGAAAAUGCAGGUUUUUUGUUGAACAUAAUUUGUGAUUGAUAUGGUUACAGAAAUAAGGGAAUAUUGUCCAACAAUUUUGGAUCCUGCGAUAACUAAAAAAGUACUGAACUUAGGUUGAUAAAACUUGGUAUAUUGAUUUUAUUGGGAAUGUUGGCGUUUUUGCAGUUUUUUUGUCAAACAAAAAUUGUGGUUGCGAUGGUUACAGAAAUUAUUGAAAACUAAAAUCAAAGUCCUGCGACAAAUCAUAAAGAACUUAAGCUAGGUUAAUGAAAAUCCAUCUAAGAUAUAGGGCCGUAUGGGGAAUUUUCACAUUGAUUCAUGGUAAGUCGGUCAAAAGAGUUGUUGCAAUUGUUACAAAUAUAAGUGAAAACGAAGAUCUUGAUCUGUGACAACUCAAAAAGUACUUGAGCUUACUCCAACAAAAUUGACUCUGUAGCGGAUUGAUGUUUGUCAAUGAAAAAAGCUCUUAUUUAUAAUACAUUAGACUUUAGUAUUUAUUUAUAUUAAGCUAUAAGAUGUUAACUUUGUAUGGACUUUAUUAUAAUGCCUUUUUUUCAAAUGCAAGGUGCGUGGAUAAUUUAAUGUUAAAUGAUUCUUACUGAUAUAAAAACAAUUAUUACAGAUUAUUCAUUUCCAUUAUUGUGUUGUACUUAAAUUUCAUACCAUUGUAUGAACAUUACACAUGUGUAUUGGAGGCAUUUGCUUGAAAGUUGUUAAGCUUUGAUAAGCUGUUCAGCUUAAGCUAUGUUCAUAAAAGUUCUUAAAAACUUA